AUGACGGACGCGUGGGAGAAGAUGCUCCUCGAGUGUGCGCUCGAAGAGCUCGAGACCAACUACGCGGCCAAGAAGGUCGCGCUUCGCGAGGCGCACGACGCCAAGCAAAUCGCCCAGCAGGCCCAGCAGGGCAUCUACACCGAGGGGCUUGCGACGUACAGCCACAUGAAGCAGAACCAGCUCGACGAAGCCCAGACGCACCAAGCCGAUGCGCUUGACAGCAAGCAGACGGACCGCGUCAGCCGCGAGCAAGUGGUCGAAGGCGAAGACUGGCGCCUUCUGCGCCAAGAGCGCGAUGAGACGGGCGCCUCGGGCACCACGUUUGCGCGGGCGCGCAGCCGCUUGAGCGAUAAGCACAAGGUGCUGGCCAGGGCUGGCGCGGAACGGGACGCCGCGGCGCGCGAGGCCUUGGGGCACAAGCACCAGCAGCAGCGCGCGGCCCAAACCGAGCUCGCGACCAACGAGGCCAGUAUUGUUGAAGACACCCAGCGCACCGAGCGCCAGUCGCUCGCCAAGCGCUGCGACGAUGCCAUGCAGUCCCUCGAUGCCAAGUACGUUGGUGACGUGCGAGGCGCCACGAGUGCGCCCAACGCCGAAGCGUACGUCAAGGCCGCGUGCGCGCCGUGACCGUAGUCCUAUCCGCUGCUAACACGAUCUACUUUUCAGAGUCCGCCA